UGAAGGCGAACGACCCGGACGCCAUCAUGUUCCUGCGACUCCGCUACAGCGCCGUUUUGGCCAACAACAACAACAUGGAGAGACUGGUCGACUGCCCGGACUUGGUGGUGUUCCGCACCGAAAACCACGAGCUCAGCACCCGGGUGCUGAGGGCGCCUAACCCGUACCGGCGCUAUAUCGGCGCCGACAUGGCUGAGCUGUUUCUGCUACAAGAACUGGAUAAGAUAACGAUGCUGCGCAAGCCCCUGGACGGUCAGGAAUGGUGCCUGAGCUUCGCUCUGGGCGGCCUCCUUUACCGCUACCACAUGGGGCUCAGCUUCGGAGACGACGCCCAGACGGGACCUCAAGAGAUCUCCCUCUCCGAGGUGUGCGAGCGCUUCUCGGUUCGACGCUUCGAAGACCUCCGCACGCUGUCGUUCUACGCCAUGGAACACACGAAACACACCUGGGUAGCCUUCGACGACGACUGGUCCCUGACACGCAAGGCCUUACUCGCCCGGCAGCGGGAGGGGCCCCGUAUGUGCGUGGCCGUGUACCACGUCGAGCUGGACGACCACCGGCAGUCAUGCGGUGCCGGUCCAGCGCCCGUGCUACGCAGGUUGCAGCGCCUGGUCAUCAAUGGGACCACGACGUAGAGCGGAGACGGCGUCGCCCUCUCGACGGUCGCCUUGCCGUCCCCUUUUUUUCCCUCCUCAUUCAAAACGUUGACAUUUCUAGAUUUAUCGUUUAUUAUAGUACGACAGAAUGUUGAAUUUUGCUUCUCGUAGCGUUUAUUUUGUUCUACACACACG